AUGACGAAAGGCUGCCCCGGCUGCAACCGCCAGAUCAAGGACUCCCAGACCUACUGCGUCUACGGAUGCAGCCAGGAUGCCUACCAUGAACAGCGAAAUGCUGACCUCGAUGCCGAACGCGAAAGAGAGCGCGAGCAGGAGCGGCAGAGGUCGCAGCCACUUGUCGUUGUCAAUAGCAGUGAGACGAGCCGGGAUACUGAGGCCAGUCGUCGUCACUACUGA